GCAGUCAUAUUCUUUGAAAAAGAGCUAUAGCUGUGCUCUCUCUCUCUCUCUUACCUACACACACGUAAUAGCCGGCCCCUAUUUCCAAAAAAAUCGUUACAAUUUCGAAUUCAAUAUCAAUCUGGACACUCGAAUCUGUUUCAGUAAUAUCAAGCGAUUUUCUGUUUUUCAAAAUUGAGUAAACGCAAACAAUGUGGAAAUUGAAGAUCGCUGAGGGAGGGAAUCCGUGGCUCCGGUCAACUAACGAUCAUAUCGGCCGGCAAAUUUGGGAGUUUGAUCCCACCUUAGGCUCGCCUGAAGAACUCGCUGAUAUCGAAAAGGUUCGACAGACGUUUCACGAGAAUCGGUUCGAAAAGAAGCAUAGUUCAGAUCUGCUUAUGCGCAUUCAGUUUGCAAAGGAGAAAUCACUCUCUGUUUUCCCACCAAAAGUCAAUAUAAAAGAUGCCGAAGAUAUUACAGAUGAUAAAGUAACAGAUGUAUUAAAAAGAGCUAUUGGGUUCCAUUCAACCAUCCAGGCAGAUGAUGGACAUUGGCCAGGGGACUAUGGUGGUCCUAUGUUUUUAUUGCCUGGUCUGGUUAUUACUCUAACUAUUACUGGGGCACUGAAUGCCGUCUUAUCCAAAGAACAUAAACGGGAGAUGUGUCGUUACCUUUACAAUCACCAGAAUAUAGAUGGUGGAUGGGGUCUACACAUCGAGGGUCAUAGCACCAUGUUUGGUAGUGCCUUGAACUAUGUUACCUUGAGAUUGCUUGGUGAAGGAGCUAAUGAUGGAGAAGGGGCGAUGGAGAAAGGACGGAAGUGGAUUUUGGACCAUGGUGGUGCCACAUAUAUAACAUCCUGGGGAAAGUUCUGGCUUUCAGUACUUGGUGUAUUUGAAUGGUCUGGAAAUAAUCCAUUGCCCCCUGAAAUAUGGAUGCUUCCAUAUAUCAUUCCGAUGCAUCCAGGUAGGAUGUGGUGUCACUGUAGAAUGGUCUACCUGCCUAUGUCAUACUUAUAUGGGAAGAGGUUUGUUGGACCAAUCACAUCCACAGUUUUAGCCUUGCGAAAGGAGCUGUUUACUGUCCCCUAUCAUGAUGUAGACUGGAAUGUUGCACGAAACCUCUGUGCAAAGGAAGAUCUUUACUACCCACACCCACUCAUUCAAGACAUUCUCUGGGCAGCUCUUGACAAGUUUGUGGAGCCUGUACUCAUGAGUUGGCCUGGGAAGAAAUUGAGAGAGAAAGCUCUUCACACUGCAAUGGAGCAUAUCCAUUAUGAGGAUGAAAAUACUCGCUAUAUUUGCAUAGGUCCAGUAAACAAGGUGUUAAAUAUGCUCUGCUGCUGGGCAGAAGACCCAAACUCAGAGGCUUUCAAGUUGCACCUCCCAAGAAUAAAUGAUUAUUUGUGGCUUGCCGAAGAUGGAAUGAAGAUGCAGGGAUAUAAUGGUAGUCAACUAUGGGAUACUGCAUUCACUGUUCAAGCAAUUAUUUCAACAAACCUUGUUGAAGAAUUUGGUCCGACACUUAAAAAAGGACACAUGUACAUAAAGAACUCACAGGUGUUAGAUAACUGUUCUGGCGAUCUCGAUUAUUUUUAUCGUCACAUAUCAAAAGGUGCUUGGCCUUUCUCAACUGCAGACCAUGGCUGGCCCAUUUCAGAUUGCACUGCAGAAGGGCUCAAGGCUGUACUUAUGCUUUCAAAAUUGCCAUCAGAAGUUGUUGAUGAGCCAUUGGAUGCUAAUCGGCUGUAUGAUGCCGUCAAUGUUCUUCUAUCUUUAAUGAAUGCUGAUGGUAGUUUUGCAACGUAUGAACUAACAAGAUCCUAUAGCUGGUUGGAGCUGGUUAAUCCUGCUGAGACUUUCGGUGACAUUGUUAUUGACUAUCCAUAUGUAGAAUGUACUUCUGCUGCAAUUCAAGCUCUGGUGGCAUUUAAAAGACUGUACCCUGGGCAUAGGAGAGAAGAAGUACAACAUUGCAUUGAUAAAGCUGCCAUGUUCCUUGAAACAAUCCAAGAGUCAGACGGUUCAUGGUAUGGGUCAUGGGCUGUUUGCUACACAUAUGGCACAUGGUUUGGAGUCAAAGGGUUAGUGGCUGCUGGAAGGAACUUUUCUAGCUGCUCUAGCAUACGCAAGGCUUGUAACUUUUUGUUGUCAAAACAACUUGCUUCGGGUGGAUGGGGAGAGAGCUACCUCUCUUGUCAAAAUAAGGUAUAUACCAACCUUGAGGGAAAUCGCUCACAUGUGGUAAAUACGGGAUGGGCUAUGCUUGCUCUCAUUGAUGCUGAGCAGGCCAAGAGAGAUCCAACACCAUUGCAUCGUGCAGCAAGAGUAUUAAUUAAUUCCCAGAUGGAAAAUGGAGAUUUCCCGCAACAGGAGAUCAUGGGGGUGUUUAACAGGAACUGCAUGAUCACGUAUGCUGCUUACAGAAACAUAUUUCCUAUCUGGGCAUUGGGAGAAUACCGCUGCCGAGUACUUCAGGCACCGUCUUAGUUUAGCUUUUAACUGUAGCACACUACUUGCUAUAUUAAUCAUCCCAUUCAUUUAAAUUUUUCAACAUAAAGGUUUUGAAUGCUUUCCUUUGGUAGAUCCUUUGAAAUCUAAUGUUCUGAGUAAA